CUGUGGUGUCGCAAACCAUCGAGCGUCCGGAGAGUGUCUUGGUACCAGCUGUGCCAGGAACAACCGUGGCAUCUCGGCCGACACGUUACGCCGCUCGAAAUCUCCCUCCUAGCCACCCGCCCCCUAACACCACCCCCACCCCCCCCCAACAAACUCCUCCCCUCAAAAUCCCCCACUCGUCGGUCGAAAAAUCUAUUGUGGUUUUCUCCCUCGCUCCCUCCCCACCACCUCUUCCCUCGAUCUCCGAUCUCAAUUAUCUUGCGAUAGAAGAACCCUGGACCAAGAAUCCAAGAUCCGGAGGUCGUCCAUGGAGAUCUCGCUCCCGAUCGCCUGAUCUGGCUGCUGGAUCUCGCGGGGGAAGCGGUCGGGGGAGAUGGACGCGGUGUCGAUCCGGGUGCCGUACCGGCACCUGAACGACGCGGAAUUGGAGCUCGUCAGGUUGGGAGAUCCCAACGGCGAGAUCAAUGAAGCCAGGGAUGGCGUGAGCCGCCGCCCCGUCUCUUCCUCCAUUCCUUCUUCUUCUUCUCCUCAUUCGGAUGAUUCUUCUCGUUCGGUUCAGCGGAGUAGUCUCAAGACGCUGAUUUUUAGUUGCAUGGUUGGCGCUGGUGUGCAGUUCGGAUGGGCGCUGCAGCUCUCGCUCUUGACUCCUUAUAUCCAGACUCUAGGAAUAGGGCAUGCCUUUUCUUCAUUCAUUUGGCUUUGUGGGCCUAUUACUGGCUUUGUAGUUCAGCCAUGUGUUGGUAUAUGGAGUGAUAGAUGCCAUUCAAAAUAUGGAAGGAGGCGACCAUUUAUUUUAGCUGGAUGUCUCAUGAUAUCUCUCGCUGUAACUUUAAUAGGGUUUUCUGCAGACGUUGGAUACUUUUUAGGUGACACUAAGGACCAUUGCCGUACUUAUAAAGGUCCUCGAUAUCGAGCUGCUACUGUAUUUAUUUUUGGCUUUUGGAUGCUGGAUCUUGCUAACAACACAGUGCAGGGUCCAGCCCGAGCUCUUUUGGCUGAUCUUGCAGGUCCUGACCAGCGUAAUUCUGCAAAUGCAAUAUUUUGCUCAUGGAUGGCUUUUGGAAAUAUUCUUGGGUUUUCAUCUGGUGCAAGUGGAAAUUGGCACAGGUGGUUUCCCUUUCUGACAACAAAAGCCUGCUGUGAAGUUUGUGGAGAUUUAAAGGCAGCCUUCUUAGUUGCUGUGGCCUUCCUGAUGUUCUGUAUGCUUGUGACUCUAUAUUUUGCUAAAGAAGUCCCACUGGAAGCAAGACCUGAUCGGCACUUUUCAGAUUCUUUUCCUCUACUUAAUAAUUCCCAGCAACGUGACCAUGUAUUAUCGCAGGCAAAUUUGGCGCAGAAUGAUAGUGGUCGAGGUUCUGAAAUCUUGGGCAGAGCUAAUUCUGAUGGUCAUUUGGAUUUUAAUUCCAAUGUUAACAGGGACCAAAUUGAAGCCUUUAGUAAUGGACCUGGGGCAGUUUUGGUUAAUAUCCUAACAAGUUUAAGGCAUCUACCCCCUGGAAUGCAUUCAGUGCUUCUUGUCAUGGCUCUUACCUGGGUAUCAUGGUUUCCAUUUUUCCUUUUUGACACUGAUUGGAUGGGACGUGAAGUCUACCAUGGGAAUCCUAAUGGAGAGCUAUCUGAAAGUGCCGCUUAUCAAAAUGGUGUCAGAGAAGGUGCAUUUGGUUUGCUAUUGAAUUCAGUUGUCCUUGGGGUUAGCUCUUUCCUCAUUGACCCGAUGUGUCGAAGAAUGGGUGCAAGAUUAGUUUGGGCUAUCAGCAACUUUACUGUGUUUUUCUGCAUGGCGGCGACAACAAUCAUAAGUUUGUUGUCCAUCAGCGAAUACUCUAGUGGAAUUCAGCAUGUUAUUGGAGAGAAUAAAGCAAUUAAAAUUGCAGCUUUGGUUAUAUUUUCAGUUCUUGGCUUUCCUCUCUCUAUUACAUAUAGUGUGCCAUUCUCUGUGACUGCAGAGCUGACUGCUGAUACAGGAGGUGGACAAGGUUUGGCUACUGGAGUUUUAAACCUUGCAAUUGUUAUACCGCAGAUGAUCGUAUCCCUUGGGGCUGGCCCCUGGGAUGCUCUCUUUGGAGGAGGGAACAUUCCUGCCUUUGCUUUAGCUUCUAUUUUUGCCCUCGCAGCAGGCAUUCUUGCAGUACUAAAGCUGCCUGGGCUUUCAAAUUCAUACAGUUCAGCUGGCUUCCAUGGAUUUGGUUGAUUUCCUACUCAACACAAAAUUACUUCUUUCUGGUGGUUGUAAAUCAGUCUCCACAUCUCAUUCAUAUUCAUUUAGAUCAAUUCUUUUAUGUAGUUCCUUAAAUUUAUAGCUAUAGGUA